AUGCUCAGCGCUCGGGUCGUGUCCCCUGCAUCUCGGAUCCCUAGUGCUGCGACUAGCCGAGGCCUCCGCACCACCACCACGCACAUCACGCGUGUCACCGCUCGAUCGAUCCACUCUCCGUCUUCGGCUUCUUUCGCAUCCGCCGCCGCACUCAGGACCAGGGCACACCUCACAGCCCACUUCCACCCCAUCUCAUCCUCUCGUCUCUUCUCAUCCACCUCAUCCAUCAUGACCGCUCAGCUCAUCGAUGGCACCGCCAUCGCCAAGGGCAUCCGUGCCGACAUCAACAAGCAGAUCGAGGACAUUCAGGCCCAGAACCCCUCCUUCAAGACUCCCAUCCUCAACAUCUACCAGCUCGGCUCCAACCCCGCUUCCUCCACCUACAUCCGCAUGAAGCUCAAGGCCGCCGAGGAGUCGGGCAUGAAGGUUGAGCACAUUGCCGUCCCCUCCGACGAGGAGUCGGGCGCCCCCGCCGGCACCGGUGUCAAGAAGAUCCUCGACCUCGUGAACAAGGCCAACGCCGACGACAAGGUCGCCGGUGUCCUCGUCCAGCUCCCGCUCGAGGGCGCGACCAAGGAGGAGGAGAAGGACGUUGUCGACGCCAUUGCUAUCCACAAGGACGUCGACGGCUUCCACCCCGAGAACAUUGGUCUGCUCAACUCGCGCAUCUCGGAGCCCUACUUCACCCCCUGCACGCCCGCCGGUAUCGUCAAGCUCAUCGAGUCCACGGGCACCGACCUCAAGGGCAAGAACGUGGUCGUGCUCGGCCGCUCGGACAUUGUCGGCACCCCGGUCUGUGCGCUCCUGCGCAAGCGCGACGCGACCGUCACCCAGUGCCACUCGCGCACGCAGAACAUCGAGCAGAUUGUCAAGCAGGCCGACAUUGUCGUUGCUGCCAUUGGACAGGCUCAGUUCGUCAAGGCCGACUGGAUCAAGCCCGGCGCCGUCGUCAUCGACGUCGGCACCAACUUUAUCCCCGACGCCAGCAAGAAGAGCGGCCAGCGCAUGGUCGGCGACAUUGACUUUGCCCCGGCCUCCGAGGUUGCCGGCUUCAUCACCCCCGUCCCCGGUGGUGUUGGCCCGAUGACGGUCGCCAUGCUCAUGAACAACACCUUCCUCGCCGCCAAGCGCCAGUGGGAGCACAACCGCGAGCGCAAGCUCACCCCGCUCAAACUCAACAUUCUCGACAAGGUCCCCUCGGACAUUGAGAUUGCCGUCGCGCAGACCCCCAAGCCCGUCGCCGAGAUUGCCAAGGAGAUUGGCGUCCAGGCCGACGAGCUCGAGUCGUAUGGCAAGUACAAGGCCAAGAUUGAGCUCGCGCUCCUCGACCGCCUCGCCCACCGCAAGGACGGCAAGUACAUUGUCGUUGCGGGCAUUACCCCGACUCCUCUUGGCGAGGGCAAGUCGACGACGACCAUCGGUCUCGCCCAGGCCCUCGGUGCCCACCUCGGCAAGCAGGCCAUUGCCUGUGUGCGCCAGCCGUCGCAGGGCCCUACGUUCGGUGUCAAGGGUGGUGCCGCCGGCGGUGGUUACUCGCAGGUCAUCCCCAUGACCGAGUUCAACCUCCAUCUGACCGGUGACAUUCACGCCGUCACUGCGGCCAACAACCUGCUCGCCGCCGCCCUGGACGCGCGCAUGUUCCACGAGUCGACGCAGUCGGACAAGGGUCUCUUCAACCGUCUCUGCCCGGCCAAGAAGGGUGUGCGCACCUUUGCCAAGCCGAUGCUGAAGCGUCUCGAGAAGCUUGGCAUCAACAAGACGGACCCCAACGAGCUCACCGAGGAGGAGGCCGCCCGCUUCGCCCGCCUCGACAUUGACCCGUCGACGAUCACCUGGAACCGCGUCAUCGACACGAACGACCGCUACCUGCGCAAGAUCACCGUCGGCCAGGCGCCCACUGAGAAGGGCUUCUCGCGCGAGACGCAAUUCGACAUUGCGGUCGCGUCUGAGGUCAUGGCCGUGCUCGCGCUCUCCAAGGACGUCGCGGACAUGCGCGAGCGUCUCGGCCGCAUGGUCGUCGCGACGUCCAAGAACGGCGACGUAAUAACUGCCGAGGACAUUGGCUGCGCGGGCGCCAUGGCCGUCCUGAUGAAGGACGCGAUCAAGCCGACGCUCAUGCAGACGCUCGAGGGCACGCCCGUGUUUGUGCACGCCGGUCCGUUCGCCAACAUUGCCCACGGCAACUCGUCCAUCAUUGCGGACCGCAUCGCGCUCAAGCUCGCCGGUACAGAGGAGGGCGACUCGGAGGACCGCGCGGGCUAUGUCAUCACCGAGGCCGGUUUCGGUGCCGACAUUGGUAUGGAGAAGUUCUGCAACAUCAAGACCCGCGUGUCGGGUCUCUCGCCCAACGCCGUCGUGCUCGUCGCGACGAUCCGUGCGCUCAAGAUGCACGGCGGCGGCCCCGCCGUCUCGCCCGGCAAGCCCCUCGACGCGGUGUACACCGAGGAGUCGCUCGAGCUGCUCGAGAAGGGCUGCGCAAACUUGGGCAAGCACAUUGAGAACGCGAAGAAGUUUGGCCUCAAGGUCGUCGUCGCGAUCAACAAGUUUGUGCACGACACGGACGCCGAGAUGGCGCUCGUGCAAAAGUACGCCCUCGAGCAUGGCGCCGACUAUGCCGUUCCCGCCAACCACUGGGCGAAGGGCGGCGAGGGCGCGGUCGAGCUCGCCAACGCCGUCGUCGAGGCGUGCAAGGACGAGUCGCAGUUCAAGUUCCUGUACGACACCGAGCUGCCGCUCGAGGAGAAGAUGGCCAUCAUCGCGCGCGAGAUGUACGGCGCCGACGGCGUCGAGCUCUCCCCCGAGGCCAAGGCCGAGGUCGAGCGCUACACCAAGCAGGGCUACGGCAACCUCCCCAUCUGCAUGGCCAAGACGGCGCUCUCGCUCUCCGACGACCCGAGCAAGAAGGGCGUCCCUACCGGCUUCACCCUCCCCAUCCGCAACGUCCGUCUCUCCGCCGGCGCGUCCUUCGUCUACCCCCUCGUCGGCGACAUGAGCACCAUGCCCGGCCUCACCACCCGUCCGGGCUUCUACGACAUUGACCUCGACCCCGAGACGGGUGACAUUGUCGGUCUCUUCUAA